AUGACAAUGAGACGGCAUCUACACGCGUACUUCGAUGAGAGCUUUUUCCAGUUAAGCAAUACGUCUACGCAAAUUAAAGCCGAGUUGGACGCUGUUUACGGGGACUCUGCCCCAUCAUUUGUCACCGUGAAAAGAUGGAUAGCUAAAUUUAAACGUGGUCGUACCAGCUUAGCUGAUGAUGAGCGUUCGGGAUGGCCAACAACUGCGGCCACCACCGAUAACAUCGAAGAAAUUAAUCAAAUGAUAAUGGACAAUCGUCGAAUUAAGAUUAGGGAGAUAGCAGAGGCUGUUGGCAUAUCAAAAGAACGUGUUUGUCAUAUAUUGACUGAAGAAUUAGGCAUGCAUAAAUUUCUGCAUCGAUUCAUUAUUGUGGACGAAACAUGGAUCCAUUACUUCACAUCCGAGACGAAGGAACAGUCAAAACAAUGGACUUCACCGGGUGAACCAGUUCCGAAGAAGGUGAAGUCGGCCGGAAAGGUGAUAGCCACAGUUUUUUGGGAGAUGCACGCGGUAUAG